AUGCAGCAAAUUGAAUCCACCUUGGUUUCUGCGUUGAGGUGUGCAGUACUCGUCAAUCCGGUCGUCAAAGAUGAUUCCGGUCAUAACUUGGUCGAGGCGAACUCGCUUGGCACCAUCGUCGAGUCUCGGCUCGUCCUUCCAAUGCUCAUUGGCUAUGCGUUGGUUUCGCGGCUGGAGCGACUCUAUGCGCAGCAAGCCCCAUCUCAACCUCUCCCACGUCACUGGAAAGCGCUGAAGACGUUGCUUGACAAGUCGGUACCAGGGGAGCAGUACUCCUUGUCACUUGAGUCAGCCUGUGCAGCCGCCCUUGCUCUUCGCUUGUACUCGUUUGCACUCGAGUACGGGAGUGAUGUCAUCCGUCUUAAACAGCUGCACCAAGGAGCGCGAUUCGCCGACAACUCUUCGAUCGCUCAUCUCGAGAUCCCGAAGCCUGAUCCCAGCUCCAUCGAGCUGUGCGAUCGUGGUGGCAAGUUGGGUCCAUUCUUGCCGAAUUGCCGUUUACCCGGCACCGUGUAUCACGGCAUGAUCAACAAUGCAGCGGUUGACUUUUACACGUUUCACGAGAAAUUGCCUGAUCAAGACUUUCAAGUUGUGCAAGCUGGCGACGCGAAGCUGUACGAGUCAACGGUCUACAGCAAGACCGAACAGGCAACGCUGGUAGAAAAUUCAUCCAAGGCGCUUAAUUCGGCAGAUCAAGACCAAUCAGAUGCUUCUGAUGCCAAGUCGCCUACGAUGGAGUACAUCAAGGACCAAGAGCAAAAGGCGGCGCAGGCGGCAGCCACGCCGAUGCUUGGCGCUGAUGGCUCCACGCCAUAAGCAGCUGCAAGCGAGUGAACAAGUAGAUGCACUGUGACUGAAUGCAUGUGUGUUUGCUUGUUUGUUUGUUUAGUUGUUCGAUUUUUUUUAAUUGAUUGACUGUUUGUUUGUUUG